CACUCAGCUUUUCAAAGUAGGAACUUCACCCUAUAAAGGAGAAGACUAUUUUUUUCCCCUUUUGUGGUUUCUCAGAGCAAAUGUGUGACAGUCUCUACUCAUAGACGUAGAGGCAUUGAGGAGUGAGGGUGGCCUUGAUUUCUCAUCUCCCCUCCUUCACCUCUUUUCUUCUCCUCCUUUCCAUAAAGUCUGCCUUCUGGGAGAACCAUUCUGACAAUUUCCUGUGCUGUCAGAUAGCUCCAUAGAAUUCAGUUUCUGAGAACCAGCCAGAGGCAUGCAGUGACAUUGCGUAACCGCUUCUGAAGUCAGAGAUAUCAGCCGCCGGGCUCAGAGGAGCUGGUUCACAGGAGCAACAUGAAAGGAGCAGGCAUCCUGGACAGAGUGCCCAAGACCCUCUUGGCCAAGGCACUUUAUGACAACCACCCUGACUGCGCUGAUGAGCUGGCUUUCUGCAGAGGAGACAUCCUGACCAUUCUGGAACAAAAUGUGCCAGAAAGCGAAGGCUGGUGGAAGUGUCUGCUCCACGGGAGGCAAGGCCUGGCCCCUGCCAACCGCCUCCAAAUCCUAGUGGAGGCCCCCACAGACAGGCCUCGUCCCCCUUUCCUGAAAGGCCUGGACAAUGCUCCCACCAUCUCCCAGGAGACCUAUGAGGUGCCCACCCUGCUCGACCCCACAUCUCCUGUGUACGAGCAGAUGAAGAGUUGGGUGGAGGGUCCCCCACCUCCCACAGUCCAAAUCUACGAAGUCCCUGACCCACCAGCCUGUGCCAGAAUCGUCUGUGAAAAGACCCUAAGCUUUCCAAGACAGGCUGUCUUCAUGAUUCCCAGACCUGCUCGGACCUCAUUACCAGCUCUGGCUUGCCAGGUGUACGACGUGCCUGCCCAGAGCCGGUGCCCACCAACCCUGAAGGAGCCAGGCAUGCAGCAGCUAUAUGAUAUCCCCCCCAGCCCCCAAAAGGCAGCACUGGGUCCCCUGGCCAGCCAAACAAACAGGCAGAAUAUUCCCCCGACAUCAAGCAUCGCCUUAAGGAGAGGUGGCUGCAACACAUUGCCAAGCCCUCAAAAAUCGGAAUGGGUUUAUGACACGCCAGUGUCUCUGGAAAAGGCUGAUGUAAGAAAUGCAUCUCCAAGUAGCUCUGUGGAAAAAUCGGGGUACCAUGCCCUCCCCAGAUGUAUGUCCAGCUUCCACAGCCCUCCGAGCAACAGAGCAGGGACUCUCAAUCCACGCCCACAGAAAAACAUGUCCAUGCAGAAAAAACUCAGCCUUCCAGAAAUUCCUUCUUAUAGCUUUCCACCAGCCAAGGGUGCAUUCCCUUUGGAUGAAGGUGUCAGCUACAAGGUUCCUUCAAGUUUUCUGAUCCCCCGAGUGGAGCAGCAGAACACCAAGCCAAACAUUUACGACAUCCCUAAAGCAAGGCCAAGGGACCCCCAGGCUGAGAAAGAGCUGGGGAAAGCCACCAUGCCUUCAGAGAAUUCCUCGGACCAUAACUCCCUGUGGUUUCCCAGCCAGGCAGCAUCACUGUCCCCUGAACCAGACAGCUCGUCUGUGUCCAGCUCUGACAGUAGAGCCAGCAUUCUUUCCUCCUGCUCCUCCACAUCCACUGACUCUUCGUCCAGCUCCUUCUCAGAGGAGUCAGCCAGAGAGCUCCCCUUGGACCUGGACUUGGCCAGAGAAACGGUCACAGCUCUGCAGCAUAAGGUGGCCAACUCUGUCGGGGGCCUGAUGCUCUUUGUCAGUAGGAAGUGGAGGUUCAGGGACUCUCUAGAGGCCAACAUUGAUGAAAUCCGCAGGGCUGCUGACCGCACAGAGGAAUCCUUGAGAGAAUUCCUGGAUUUUGCCCGAGGAGUCUGUGGGACCACGUGCAACCUCACCAACAAUAACCUUCAGGCCAGAAUUAGGGAUCAGCUACAGACGAUCUCCAACUCCUACCAAAUCCUGCUUGAAACAAAGGAAAGUCUGGAGAGCUGCAAUUGGUCCCUGGAAGUCCUUGUGACUGACAAAAUCCAGAACAGCCCGGAUGACCUGGAGAGAUUUGUCCAGGUGGCACGGAUGGUUCCGGAAGAUGUCAAGAGGUUGACCUCCAUCAUCAUUGCCAAUGGGAGGCUCCUUUUCAAGCUGAACUGUGAAAAGGAAGAUCCUGUGCAAUUGACCCCAAAUGCAGAGUUUAAGCUUGCCAAACCCAUCCAACUUCCCCAAAGGGAGAUUGAAUCCUAUCAAAGGAACACGCCUUUUCAUAAGCAAAAAGAAAGCAAACACUCUCCUGAACUAUUAGAGAAGAAUAGGACAAAUGUUUGUGAACAGAAGUUGCCUCUCCUGGUAGAGAGAGAAAAGCCCAUCUUGGAACAAAGGUCGGAUGAAAACAGCAACUUAGAAACACAGAAUCCUAGCUCCCUGGUCCCCCGGCCUUUGAGUCAGCAGAAUCCUGAGAAGAAAACCCGCCUUUCUGAACAUUGCCGCCUCUAUUUUGGGGCGCUCUUCAAAGCCAUCAGCGUGCUGAACAACAGCCUCCAGAACAGCCAGCCCCCCGAGACCUUCAUCACGCAGAGCAAGCUGGUCAUCACCGUCGGGCAGAAGCUGGUGGACAGGCUAUGCCGGGAGACCCAGGAGCAGGACGUGCGCAAUGAGAUCCUGCGGGGCAGCAGCUGCCUCUGCAGCCUGCUCAAGGACCUAGCACUGGCCACCAAGCACGCGGUGCUCCAGCACCCCAGCCCCGCCGCCCUGCAGCACCUCCGGGCCGAAGCCAAGAAGCUGGAGCAGCACGCGCAGCAGUUCCGGGGGACGCUGGAAUAAGCCUCCUUCUCCCUGUCAAACUCUUCACUUCAGCUGCACACCCACAACCUGUGCAAGUCUGUCGUCUGGGCAAAACCAACCUGGGAGUGUACAAUGGAUGGCAACUGUCAUGGUGCCCAAACCCAGUGUUACCGAGAGUCUGGGCAACUCCAGGAUGUUGGCUUAUCCCACAGAGUCAAGGAGGAGUUAGGUGUGAAGAAAGGACCUAUCGUGUAGGGCCAGUGUAUGAAAUGAGGUUGUGGAAUCCAGUGUUCUAUAUUAGCUCAAUGUGUGCCUGUUUUAAGUUCAUUCAUUCAUUCAGUACUUAUUUAUUGGGUACCUAUUAUAUGUUAAAUUCUAGGUGCUGGGCUUGUAGCACUGAAUCAGACCAACGCUUUGCCCUCAGGGCGUUUACAAUCUAGUGGGGAGACAGACAAAAGAUGAAGAAAUACAUACACAAUAUAUUAGGGACUAGGGAGAAGCCUACUUUUGGGCUUCCUUGGGGGCUCAGUAGUAAAGAACCCACCUGCCAAUGCAGGAGAAGUGGUUCGAUCCCUGGAUUGGGAAGAUCCCUUGGAGAAGGAAAUGGCAACCCACUCCAGUAUUCUUUCCUGGGAAAUCCCAUGGACAGAGGAGUUUGGCAGACUACAGUCCAUGGGUUGGCAAGAGAGUCGGACAUGACUGAGCAACUAAACAACGGGGAGAAAAUACAAUAUGAGAAUGGGGGUAGAGAUUAUUUUCAAGUGAUUGAUUUCUGUCGCAUCUGCUAGAAAAUGUAGUAAAAUUUUCAGUUUGGAUAGAAUCAAUUCUGAGAGACUGGUACAAAUUCUAUAUCUGUGACUUACACCAAAUAUGUAUAUAUAUAUAUAUAUUUGCUGUUUUAUCUGAACAGAGUUUAACAAGCAUGUUAUAAGUAGCAGUAAUUUGCAACACAACAUGUUCUAUUGGGUUCCCUAUUUAUUUUGUACAUUAUAGAUUCUGUGUUGAUAAAUUCAACACAUGGAUCGAACAUUUAGUAUGUUAAAUCAGAAAAGGUUUAUACCUCAAUAGUCUCAAAUGUGUUACCAUUUAUAAUAUUAUGUCAAUACAGUCAUGAAUUGAAAUAUCCUUUGCACCAAUCUUUUCUUUGGAAAGAUGUUUGAUCUGUGUCACUUGGGUUCUGGUACCAAAGCAAAAUGUUUAUUUGUGUCACGCAAAUGCUUCUCCCCAGAGUGUGCAAGGAGAGGAAGUAGAGGCCAAGUUUGCACAUGCAAGGCUGGCUCUGGAAAAGUAGAGCCAGGAAGUGUGGUAUAAACAGCAUCCCUAUCACUGGGCACAGAUCUGAGAGUGGCCCAGAAUUCCCCCCCACUCCCCCGCACCAAGUCAAAUACCUCCUCUUCCUGUCCUCGCAGCUGGGGCUUUAGCUCACGUUUCUAUGGUUACAUCAUCACUUCAAGUGGAGGUUCAUGUCUUCUAUGUGCCCCUCUGCCAUGAGACAUCUCUAGGCUGGAAAUUACCUGAAAUGGUACCAGCUGCAGUUCCUAUCUGCUACUCUGCACUUAUAAAUUGUUGAUGACCAAAAGACUGAUUGUAUACAUCGAGUUACUCUCAGGGUCCCUAAAGAAGGAUCCUGUCCUGGUGAGGCUUGGUUCUCUGCACUAGAAUGGAGACAUUUUCUGGGAGCAGCCGUGAUCUGUGUCAGUUAGGACUCCUUCUGAUACCAUCUCUCUUAAGCAAUAAAAGGAAUUUAUUGACUCAAGUAUCUUAACAUAAUCCAGGGGCAAGUUGGCUUCAAAAACAGCUGUUUUGGGUACCCCUAGCAGAUUCAUCAAGGCCCAAUUUCUGAGUCCCACAUUCUCUGUGUUAACUCUCAUGGUUUCAAGGUGUCUGCCAUGAGUUAUGGUCUUUCUUGGUCUGUGGCCAGAGGAGAAGAAAGAGUCUUGUUUUCUGCUUGGACUAGUUUAGAUCAGAUGUCUGCCCCUAACAACUCCGUGGUAAGACGGGUGUAUAAUACCCAAGGUGUCCUAGACCUGGGAUUCACCCCUACACACAGACACACACAGACACACACAGAGAGCCGUGUGUUCCUAGACAGAUAAGGAGAUGGCUCUAGCAAGAACUGUGAAAUGUCUUCUCUUACUUCAAAGUAACAAGUCAGCCUGCCAUAAUCUCAUGGAUGCUGAGAGAAGACAUGAGAUUCUGGGGUCAGAGACCAUGUCGGGGGUACCCAAGACCACCCUGAGGCCCCCUGAUUCAGUAGGAAGCUUCACAGGUUCCCACGUAUGGUGUCUCACCACUCUAUCACAAUGAAAGGAGACAGAGCAAAAUCUGCAAAGGGAAUGGGCUGCAUGUGGGAAUGAAGCGCCAGGGCAGGCUCAGGCUGUCAAGAGUCCCCUCCCGGGGGUUACCUAGGACCCCCUAAUUCCCCCAGCUGGGAGCCAUGACAAUAUACAGGGAGUGUUGCUGGCCAGAGAAACUCAUGACAGCCUGGCCUCCAGGGUUUUCACUAGGGUUGAUCACGUGUGAGCCUCUGUGUGGCAUGGACCAAAGUUCCGGACUCUUUGAAGGGAAGCAGGUGUCCUGUGUGAAUCACAUUGUUUGUACAAACAGUUUAGGCCCUGCUCCAUUCUUAUCAACUCAGGGAUGGUGGAAACCCUCCCUGAAACCAAGUUCCUAUACAACCGCCAAAGCCAAUCUUGCCAGCAGGCCUUUCUAGGAUAUUAGUCAGACCUAUUAUUAUGUCAACUCUCCUGCACAGAGUCAAAGGGCUUCUCUUACAGCCUCACAAGCAGUUACUGAUUCAUUUUUUAAAAUAAAAAAAAAAUAAUUUAUUUAUUCUUA